UAGGGCAACGUCUGGGUCCAGACUCAGACGUUCCGCCUAUUAGUGACCUCUGCUAUAGAAACUGAAAUGGGUUUAGUCUUAUGUAACAAGCGUCCAAAGGUAGAGAAACUAAAGCAGUUUGUCUGCCCUGCAGCAGCUCUAAUUCUAUUUCAGAAACUCAAUCACACACUGAAAUGGCUUCUCUGGAGCACCAUGUACAUCCUAAACCGAUAAAACAUCUCUCACGUUGUAAACCCACCCCCCCAAAAAAAACCUGAUUAGGAGUAAAUACCUGUUAUGACCUGCCCUACACUGAAACACAUAUUGCCCAAACCUUUUGAGCCUUUUAGAAGAGCUUAGAGGCAAGAGAAUGUGUUUCAUUUGGAACUCGGCCUUUUUUAAGCACCUUAUUUCCUAAAUGCUGCAGAACGUUUGUAUUUCAUAGUAGUUUCUAUGUAGUCACUGGAUAGGAAGCAUUGACAAUAAUAACUGAGUAACACAUUAAAAAGCACUUAAUGACAUCAUGAGUCUCUGUUACUAGGCUGGGACGAGACUGUGAUGUGACAGUGUGUGAGUUGCGAUGUGUGUAACCGAGUGUUUCUGUGUGUGUGUGCAGUGAAAGGUUUUGGACAUGGCCGUGGUGAACCCUAUGGAAUGGAUCAGGAACAGCAGGGGCUCUCCCCGCCUUGUGCUUGUGGUGGUGUGCGUGGCCCUGCUACUGGAUAACAUGCUGUUGACUGUCGUCGUUCCCAUCAUCCCUACCUUCCUGUACAACACAGAGCACCAGGGAAGUGUCCUCUCCUCCUCCCCAUCCCUCUCUCCUCCCAGCACAGGACAACCAACCUUCUCCUCCAUUGUCUCCCUCUAUGAUAACACCACCUACACACUCAUAACGCCCCCCAGCAACCUGAGCAGCCCGUCCACCCCUCCACCGGACGGGAACGUCUCCGGCUCAUCUGAGUGCAAAGACGACAGUGAGUUUCUGGAGGAGGAGAACGUGAGAGUAGGGCUGCUGUUUGCCUCAAAAGCUCUGGUGCAGCUUCUGGUCAACCCGUUUGUGGGUCCGCUGACCAACAGGAUUGGAUACCACAUACCAAUGUUCGCUGGUUUUGUCAUAAUGUUUGUCUCCACAAUAAUGUUUGCUUUCUCAGGAACAUACACUUUGCUGUUUUUUGCUCGUGCACUUCAGGGCAUCGGCUCCUCCUUCUCCUCUGUUGCAGGACUGGGCAUGCUGGCCAGUGUGUACACAGAUGAUGAUGAACGAGGGAUUGCUAUGGGUAUAGCGCUGGGAGGACUGGCCAUGGGUGUACUGAUUGGCGCUCCUUUCGGAAGCGUGAUGUAUGAGUUUGUGGGUAAAAGCUCUCCUUUCCUCAUCCUGGCCUUUCUGGCUCUAUUUGAUGGAGCACUCCAGCUUUGUAUUCUCCAGCCCUCUAAGAUAUCUCCAGGGAGUGUGGAGGGCACAUCACUGCUAACUCUGCUGAAAGACCCUUAUAUACUCAUCAGCGCAGGGUCUUUGUGCUUUGCCAACAUGGGCGUGGCCAUCCUAGAGCCCACUCUCCCUAUAUGGAUGCUGCAGACCAUGUGCUCACAAAAAUGGCAGCUGGGUGUGGCUUUUCUACCAGCCAGUGUGUCAUACCUGAUUGGGACCAACUUGUUCGGCCUGCUAGCCAACAAAAUGGGCAGGUGGUUGUGUUCCAUGAUUGGGAUGACCAUCGUUGGCAUCAGCCUCAUCUGUGUUCCUUUGGCCCAAAACAUCUAUGGCCUCAUUGGCCCCAAUGGAGGACUGGGAUUUGCUAUUGGAAUGGUUGACUCAUCCAUGAUGGCAAUAAUGGGUUACCUGGUCGACAUCAGACAUGCCUCUGUUUAUGGGAGUGUGUACGCUAUUGCAGAUGUGGCACUUUGCCUGGGGUUUGCUGUAGGCCCAUCUACAGGGGGUGCCAUUGUGAGAGUGAUUGGGUUUCCAUAUCUUAUGGUGAUCAUCGGCAUUGUCAACAUUCUUUAUGCACCCCUCUGCUUCUUCCUCAAAAACCCUGCUAUACGAGAGGAGAACAUGGCCAUUAUAAACCAGGAGUGUCCCAUGCAUGUAAAGAGCUACAACACACAGCGCCAGUGCAGGGAGUUCCCACUGAGUGACGACAGCGAGGUGGACAUGGAGGAGUAGGACACACACUCACUCCUCCCUAAGUGGUGUUAAAGUGUGACGAAGUAUAAGCACCUCUUUGGAACCGAUUUUUUACGCUGAGUGCUGAUGGUAAUUUGAUUGGCUGUGCUGUACCAUUACACACAUUAUGAAGCUGUGCUGCAUCAAGCUGACUCAAACGCUCAAAUAAACACUGUGGGUAACAGCGUC